CGUUGCUAGUUCCUGGAUCUCCUUUGCCUUUGGUUGACCCUGAGAAGACACAUUCAAGGGGCCCAGCCCCAAGGCUGAGAAGUAAAAGGCAGUAGUGGGGUUUAGAAGUCUUCACGGUUUUUCUUCAAAUGCAAAAAGCAAGUCAGGAGUCACCCUUGGCCUCAGGUUGUUGGGCUCUGCUUGCCCUCCUCCCCCUCGAUUCUAUUUUCCUUACAGACAAACAGGGAGGCCCUGCCAGCUCUGCAGCCUGCAUGCUGCCAGGCCGGCCCUUCCUACCCGGAUCUCCUACCUGCAGACCGGCUCCCAGCCAGCGGCCCGGCCUCGCCCGGCUCAGCCACGGGCAUGGUGCCCUCCUUUCUCCCUAGGAGCUGAAAAACUGUCACCUUGAAACUCCCUGCUCCCAGCGUUGGAGGAAUCCUGUAGCUCUUAGACCUUAGCACUCAAUGACAUUGGCCACCAUGACGCUAUUAAUAGUUCGGCCUGUGAAGGGGGCUUUGCAAAAAUGUAUUGCUACCUCCCAGGCCCCGUGGGGGGAGGUGGACGGAAGCCUCAUUUGUGAGAGUCGUCUUCUGUGGACUAGGGUUCCUCCUUUGUAGCCCCGAGGGGUCUGUCUUUGGUGAUCCCUGUUAGCAGGGUGGCUGCUGUAUUUGGUGGCAGUUUUUAGGCUCACCAUCAUUCUGAAUUUUCAGCUUGGCCUCAGACAGAGUGCAGCCCUGUCGCUCCGCGUCUCCUAUGCCUGCUGUUUUACCUGGAGAGAAGGGAUGUCGAGCUGUGCUGCUCUGGACUCGGAAGGGCACGAGCUUCCUCCCCUGCAGCUUGCUCUCUAGGACAGAUCUGCGCGCGGAGACACCUGUCUGUCUCCACAUUAUGCCAGGGGGCUGCGUAAUUCCUAACCUUCCACCCACCUCAGUGCAGGGCAAGGGGGCCCCAGCACAGUCUCCCAAGGAAGGCUGAGCGCCUGAAAGGGAAGGCUGGCUUUUCCUUAGGAACCUGUGACUUCACUAACUCCUGCCACUGACUGCAGUUUGUUGUUUUUUUUUUCCCUUUUUCUUUUUUUUUUUUUUUAUUCUUCUUCAAACGCUGGAUUGUUGGUGUCCUUUGGUGGAGCGUUUUCUAGUUCUGAUGUUUAUGAAGGCAGCUUUGGAACUAGCAGGGCUCCUUAAACAUGAGCUCAGCUAUUGAACAAACUGCUACCAUUUUAGCUCCAAUACAGGAAUGAGGCACUGUUGCCAGCCGCCAUUUUAAGAAUCCUGCAUAAAUAGCUUAGCUCCGAUGACUGCCCGUUUUAGCUUGGCUGAGGAGGAAAUAAAAACUGAACAGGAGGUGGAAGAGGGAAUGGACAUUUCCACUCGCUCCAAAGAUCCUGGCUCUACAGAGCGAACGGCUCAGAAACGGAAGUUCCCCAGCCCUCCACAUUCCUCCAAUGGCCAUUCGCCCCAAGACUCCUCCACAAGCCCCAUUAAAAAGAAAAAGAAACCCGGCUUACUGAACAGUAGCAAUAAGGAGCAGUCAGAGCUAAGACAUGGUCCGUUUUACUAUAUGAAGCAGCCACUCACCACAGACCCUGUUGAUGUUGUACCGCAGGACGGACGGAAUGAUUUCUACUGCUGGGUUUGUCACCGGGAAGGACAAGUCCUUUGCUGUGAGCUCUGUCCCCGGGUUUAUCACGCUAAGUGUCUGAGACUGACAUCGGAACCAGAGGGGGACUGGUUUUGUCCUGAAUGUGAGAAGAUUACAGUAGCAGAAUGCAUCGAGACACAGAGCAAAGCCAUGACGAUGCUGACCAUUGAACAGCUGUCCUACCUGCUCAAGUUUGCCAUUCAGAAAAUGAAGCAGCCAGGGACAGACGCUUUCCAGAAGCCCGUUCCCUUGGAGCAGCAUCCCGACUAUGCUGAAUACAUUUUCCACCCCAUGGACCUUUGUACCUUGGAAAAGAACGCGAAAAAGAAGAUGUACGGCUGCACGGAAGCCUUCCUGGCCGAUGCCAAGUGGAUCCUUCACAACUGCAUUAUUUAUAAUGGGGGAAAUCACAAGUUGACGCAAAUAGCAAAAGUCGUCAUCAAGAUCUGUGAGCAUGAGAUGAAUGAAAUUGAAGUAUGUCCAGAGUGUUAUCUUGCUGCUUGCCAAAAACGAGACAACUGGUUCUGUGAACCCUGUAGCAAUCCGCACCCUCUGGUCUGGGCCAAACUGAAAGGGUUCCCAUUCUGGCCAGCGAAAGCUCUGAGGGACAAAGAUGGGCAGGUUGAUGCCCGUUUCUUUGGACAACAUGACAGAGCCUGGGUCCCCAUCAAUAAUUGCUACCUCAUGUCUAAAGAAAUCCCCUUUUCUGUGAAAAAGACUAAAAGUAUCUUCAACAGCGCCAUGCAAGAGAUGGAAGUUUACGUGGAGAAUAUACGGAGGAAGUUUGGGGUUUUUAACUAUUCCCCGUUCAGGACGCCAUACACCCCCAAUAGCCAGUACCAAAUGCUGCUCGAUCCCAGCAACCCCAGCGCCGGCACUGCUAAGACAGACAAGCAGGAGAAGGUGAAGCUCAAUUUUGACAUGACAGCGUCCCCCAAGAUCCUCCUGAGCAAGCCCCUUCUGAGCGGGGGCGCAGGCCGCAGGAUCUCCCUGUCCGACAUGCCACGCUCCCCCACCAGUACGAACUCUUCCGUGCACACGGGCUCUGACGUGGAGCAGGACCCAGAGAAGAAGGCCCCAUCCAGCCACUUCAGCGCAAGUGAAGAGUCCAUGGACUUCCUUGAUAAGAGCACAGCUUCCCCAGCCUCCACAAAAACGGGGCAAGCAGGGAGUCUGUCUGGCAGCCCGAAGCCUUUCUCUCCGCAAGCACCGGCACCGACGCCCAUCAUGACGAAGACAGACAAGACGUCUACCACCGGGAGCAUCCUGAACCUGAACCUGGAUCGAAGCAAAGCCGAGAUGGACUUGAAGGAGCUCAGCGAGUCGGUCCAGCAGUCGGCCCCCGUCCCUCUCAUCUCUCCCAAGCGGCAGAUUCGAAGCCGGUUCCAGCUCAACCUGGACAAGACCAUAGAGAGCUGCAAAGCACAACUAGGCAUAAAUGAGAUCUCCGAGGACGUUUACACGGCUGUGGAGCACAGCGAUUCAGAGGACUCCGAAAAGUCAGAGAGCAGCGACAGUGAGUAUGUCAGCGACGAGGAACAGAAGCCCAAGAAUGAGCCGGAGGACCCUGAGGAAAAAGAGGGGAGUCGGAUGGACAAAGAGGCCCCUGCCGUUAAAAAAAAGCCCAAACCCGCAAACCCGGUGGAGGUCAAAGAGGAAGCGAAGAGUAACUCGCCAGCCAGUGAGAAGGCCGAGCCUGCACCAGCCAAGGACAAGGCCAGCCCUGAGCCCGAGAAGGACUCAGAGAAGGCAAAGCCUUCGCCUCACCCUACAAAGGACAAGCUGAAGGGGAAAGACGACACGGAUUCCCCCACAGUGCAUUUGGGCUUGGACUCCGACUCCGAGAGUGAACUUGUCAUAGACUUAGGAGAAGAUCCUUCUGGGCGGGAGGGUCGCAAAAACAAGAAGGAGCCCAAGGUACCAUCACCUAAGCAGGAUGGUAAACCGCCACAGUCUACCACAGCUGGCAACCAGUCUCCCCCAGAGACGCCAGUGCUCACCCGCUCAGCCACCCAAGCCCCCGCGGCUGGCGUCACGGUGGCCGCCACCACCAGCACAAUGUCGACCGUCACAGUCACCGCACCAGCCACCGCCGUCACAGGAAGCCCAGUGAAGAAGCAGAGGCCGCUGUUACCGAAGGAGACUGCCCCGGCCGUGCAGCGGGUCGUGUGGAACUCAUCAAGUAAGUUUCAAACGUCCUCCCAAAGGUGGCAUAUGCAGAAGAUACAACGCCAGCAGCAGCAGCAGCAACAGCAGCAGCAGCAGCAGAGCCAACAGCAGAGCCAGCAGCAGCAACCUCACUCUUCCCAGGGGACAAGAUAUCAGACCAGACAGGCUGUGAAAGCUGUCCAGCAGAAGGAGGUCACCCAGAGCCCAUCGACUUCCACCAUCACGCUGGUGACCAGCACUCAGCCGGCAGCUCUGGUCAGCAGUUCCGGCUCCGCAAGCACCCUGGCGUCUGCCAUCAAUGCCGACCUGCCCAUCGCCACCGCCUCAGCCGACGUGGCCGCAGAUAUUGCCAAGUACACCAGCAAAAUGAUGGAUGCCAUAAAAGGGACAAUGACAGAAAUCUACAAUGAUCUCUCCAAAAACACCACCGGAAGCACAAUAGCUGAGAUUCGAAGGUUGAGGAUCGAGAUUGAGAAGCUGCAGUGGCUGCACCAGCAGGAGCUUGCCGAGAUGAAGCACAACCUGGAGCUGACCAUGGCGGAGAUGCGGCAGAGCUUGGAGCAGGAGCGGGAUAGACUCAUUGGCGAGGUGAAGAAGCAGCUGGAGCUGGAGAAACAGCAGGCGGUAGAUGAGACCAAGAAGAAGCAGUGGUGUGCCAACUGCAAGAAGGAGGCCAUCUUUUACUGCUGCUGGAACACUAGCUACUGCGACUACCCCUGUCAGCAGGCCCACUGGCCCGAGCACAUGAAGUCCUGUACCCAGUCAGCUACUGCCCCUCAGCAGGAAGCAGAUGCUGAGGCGAGCACGGACACAGGAAAUAAGUCAUCCCAGAGCAACUCCUCCUCCAAUGCACAGUCGGCCCCGCCGCCGUCAGAAACGACCAGCGCCUCCAAAGAGAAGGAGACCUCUGCAGAGAAGGGCAAGGACAGCUCGACCCUGGAUCUUUCUGGCUCCAGAGAGACAACGCCCUCCUCCAUUCUCUUGGGUUCCAACCAAGGCUCUGUUAGCAAGAGGUGUGACAAGCAGCCUGCCUAUACCCCAACCACCACAGACCACCAGCCGCACCCCAACUACCCAGCCCAGAAGUACCAUUCCCGGAGCAGCAAGACCGGUUUGUGGAGCAGCAGUGAGGAGAAGCGAGGGUCAGCCCGCUCUGAGCACAGUGCAGGGACCAGCACCAAGAACCUCAUGCCCAAAGAGUCUCGGGAGUCUCGGUUAGACACCUUCUGGGACUAGGGUGCAUUGUGAGCCAGGAUAUACCUCCCUGUGGGGGGAAACAAACCCAAACAACAGGAAGCAACAGAAACUGGAGAACAGCCACCUUUCAAAUUCCCAACACUCAGGCUCUGCCCGUGGGCUUGGCUGCAGGGCAGCGACUUGACUCCAUCCCAGCAUGGGCCUUGGCUGGGACUGCUGGACCUCGUGAGCCCAACACUUUAGGUGUAAGUAGGUACACUUUGUGACGUCACUGACCUAGCCUACCUUCCUUUUUCAUAUCUAUACUGACCUUAACUUAUAAGAAAAAAAAGAAAAACAAGUUAUAUAUAAAAGAAAUCUACAAUGAAAAGAAUGUUUUGCUAAUCCAGAGGGCUGGCUAGUUAGCUCUCUGGUGUCACUGUGGUGGCAGGGCUGGGCCCAGGAAUGGCUAUUCUCACACAGGUCCUCCUCCUUGGAUACCCAGGGGUUGGAGGGGGGGUAGCCACUGUCGCUCUGCAGCACACCGCGGUCGGGGCUCUCAGGCUGUGCUGUCCUGGACCCGCCACACCAAGCCAUCGGCCCCUCGCAGACCCUACAAGACGAUGUUAUGAAACACAAGCUCGCUGGGCUCGAAGGACACAGAGAGAAGCGUGUGUGUUUGUGAUUUCAGCUAUGGUUCCCCAAGGGGCAAAGCAGCCUGCUGUGUAUGCAAGGUCCCCAUGAGCAGUCCCUGCUCCAUUGUGGAUGCAGACGGCAUUCACGUGGGGAUGCCCCUUCUCGCUGCCAAGCGCUUUCCAUAAACACUCACACAGGUUUGUGAGGAGAUAACACGUCUCAUAGCAAGGACCCAAAAGCAAGGUGCACGGUGAGGAGAUGUGAGCCCGCGGAUGGAGCAUGUAUGUAUUAUUUAUAUGCUGGAGUUCUACGUUUUUAUGUAAGCAUGAAACACAGGCAGUGUGAGAGAAAGCCAGGACCAGUCAUGCUGUCCCGUUAACGCUACGUCUGCUGUAGGUUCCCAUUUUGUAUGUUGUGUAAAACGAGCAUCGAUCGAAGCAACAGGCGAUGUGUGUAUAUGAGAAAAAUUAAUUGUAUAUCAUUCCAGUACAUUCCGUUGUACAUUUUAGUCUUCGUUUACUUUCUCUUCAUUGUUGCUAAGAGAACGCAAGCUGUGCAUCGUCCAGCUAGUUUACCCCACUAGAGAAGAAAGGAAGAAAUGCCGGAGGAGAGCAGGAGAGAAAGAACAUUCGUGAAUUGCAGUUGUCAAAAAACAAAACAAAAAAAACAAUCUAGCCUAGCUGGCCUUAUUUGGGAAGCGUAACUGCUUUUAGCAUAUGGGAGUAUUUUUUCACAUUUUCUUUGUAUAAAAUUUGUAUUAAACUUAAAUAUCUUUUUUGA